AUGAUGAAUGGGAUUGUGGCACUCCACUCGCCGCCAAUGCGGAAGGAUGACGCCGAAAAGAAUGGAAGGCUCUUUCGCUCUGCUGGAUGCGUCGGAUCCCGUAGAACAAGCAAGCUCUUUACCCUCAAAUUCAAACAUGUGGGCGCAAAAGGCUAUCCUGCUCUAUUGUUACGUAGCAAUAGAAGCCUGCUUAUGUUGCUUCGGCGGCGUUUCGCCUUCUCUUCGCUCUGGACAGGAGCGCUAGUGGACACGGGGAGGGAGCAGGCGAAGCGUGUCGUUCGUAAUGGAAAGAAAGAGACCACUACUUCGCUUUUUUGUUGGAUCGCCGGCGCGAACACAGUGGUCUCUGACCAGGACCAGGAACCAAUUCGAAUUUUGAUCUUGACAUGUCGGUGGUUUUUAACCGUAGGCAUUUUGCCAGGAAGUUGGUGGGCUCAUCAUGAAUUAGGUUGGGGCGGCUGGUGGUUUCGGGAUCCCGUGGAAAAUGCUUCUUUUAUGCCUCGGGUAUUAGCUACAGCUCGUAUUCAUUCAGUAAUUCUACCCCUUCUUCAUUCUUGGACCUCGUUUCUGAAUAUUGUGACUCUUCCAUGCUGUGUCUCAGGAACCUCUUCAAUACGGUCCGGAUUGCUAGCUCCCGUUCAUAAUUUUGCUACAGAUGAUACACGAGGAAUCUUUUUAUGGUGGUUCUUCCUUCUAAUGACCGGCAUAUCUAUGAUUAUUUUCUCCCAGAUGAAGCAGCAGGCAUCGGUCCGUAGAACCUAUAAAAAAGAGAUGGUUGUGGCGCGAAGUACUCUUGUGCACCUACGUCACUCGGCUCGCGCGCAACCCCGCCCCGUUAUGUUAUAG